AUGGGCAAAGCCGUGGCACCGGCCCGACCCACCGCGGUGGUACGCGAGAAUGGCUUGAUCUACAGGUCCAAGGCCCGUGGCUUGCAGGAUACAUCGAACCUGCCCGCGCUACAGAAUCUGCUGAAGCGCGAGCCGGCCGCGUAUACCGAAGAGUUUUUGGCACAAUGGAAUCAUUACGAAAGCUUGCGCCGCAUCUAUGCCUCGGGCAUUGGGCAGCAUGUCGAAGGCAGUGCUGCCGAUGGCACAGGCGUUCAUGCCGUACGUAUGAGCAAAGAUCAGCAAGAGCAGUUUGAGCAGCUUCUUUCGUUUGUCGCGCAACUCGCGCCAAGCUAUCCACAGAUCACCGCCGAGUUCCCGCAGCAUGUGAGUGAAUUGCUGCUCGAGCACCAUACAAGUCUGAGCCCUGAUCUUCGUAAGACGUGCUUCCGCGCCUUGACGCUCCUGCGUAAUCGUCAUGUGAUUUCGAGUGAGGCGUUGCUCAAGACCCUGUUCCCUCUCUUGAGUGUCACGACCUCAUCAGAAAUGCGCACUUCGAUUCUCCAUACGAUCGUGCAGGAUCUUAAACUGGCCAAUCACAAGUCGAAGGAUCCACGCUUGAACCGCAUGGUCCAAGGACUCUUGUUCGGCAUGGUCGAGCGUGGCAUGAAUGCCGACGGGUCCAGCGUCGUGCUGCGCCGGGCGGAUGCCGAGCUGAAGGGCCGCACGGAAGCUCUAUGGGCGGUACGAGUCGCCUCAGAAAUGUGGCGACGUCGGAUUUGGAACGAUACACGGACCGUGGCGCUGUUGGCGAUGGCGUGCACGCAUCCGCAUCCCAAAGUGCAGGCGUCAGCGGUGCGUUUCUUCCUGGGCGAUUUGCAUGCCUCUGAACAGGGCGCAGAGGACAGCGAUGAGGAGAACGACGAUCAAGGCCCAGAUGUUGGCCGCUUAGAACACCAACGCAAGGUCGGAAAGAAGACCAAGGCUGGCGAGCGUCGUUUGAAGCUGGCGCAGGCGCAGGCACGUCGGCGUCGGAAAGAGCAAGCAUCGAAAGCGCUUGAUAAAGAAGAUCAAGACACGAGCAAUAUGGCGGCGAUUCAUUUGCUCCACGACCCGCAGGCGUUUGCCGAAGGCUUGUUUGAGAACCUAAGCAAGGGCGAUAAACGUCACCCGCUGGAAAUGAAAGUGCGUCUCCUGCAGCUUUUGAGUCGCGUAAUGAGUACGCACCGCUUAACGAUUUUAAGCUUUUACAGCUACGUGGCAAAGUACCUUAUGCCGCACCAGCUGCACAUUACACUCAUUCUCGUAUCCCUCGCUCAGUCGGUUCACGAUCAGACGCCGACCGAUGUCCUGACGCCUGUGUUGCGCAAGAUUGCCUAUGCGUUUGUGCACCCGGGUGUAGGUGCUGAAGUUGUGGCGGCCGGCAUCAAUACCAUUCGCGAGAUCUGCCGACGUCAGCCAUGGUGCAUGGAAGAGGAUUUGUUGGAAGACCUUGUGGCGUACCGCCGCUCCAAAGACAAGGGUGUGAGUGCCGCCUCGCGAGGUUUGAUGCAGCUGUACCGUGAAGUAAAUCCUGCCAUGCUGCGUCGCGCAGAGCGUGGCAAGGCAGGCUCGAUGGCGCUGGCGCAGGGCAAAAUGCCAGAGCGGUUCGGUGUGGACCGUCGCGAAGUGCAUGGCAUUCAAGGUAUCGAAUUGUUGGAGCAGCACCUGAAAGAACGUGCCGAUGACGAGGAGGACGAGGCUGGCUGGGAUGGCUGGGAGCUCGAAAGCGCGUCAGAUAGCGAUAGCUCUGGCGGCUGGAUCAAUGUAAGCUCGGACGAAGAGGACGGCAGUCACUUCUCGCUAGAGCACAGUGACUUGGACGCAAGUGACAAUGAAGAUGCGAAGCCGAAAGAUACGCGACCUAUGAGCGAACGUGUGCGUGAGGCACGUCGCGAACGUCGUGAGGCGCGCAAACGCAAGGAGCAGGGUGACGGCGAGAGCGACGAGAGCGAGGCAGAGGACGAGGCUAACGAGGACCAGAAGGAGGAGCCUACCAGUGACAAGCCUGACCAGUUCUCCGAGCUGGCGAUGACCAAGAUUCUGACACCGGCCGAUUUCGCGAAACUGAAUGAACUCCGACUUCAAGCGGCGGAAGAAGAGGCGAAGGUGGGGGGAGCUGCCGGCGCUCGUGCACGUCGCGAGCUUGCAGCCUUGCAGCUCUCGAAGAAGCGCAUGUCGGCCAGUGGCAGCGCAGGUGGUGAGGUGCUCGACGAGUCGGAUAUUUUGGGUCCACGCAAGAAGGCGAAGGCCGACUAUGAAGAGCGCAUGGCGAGUAUCAACAGCGGUCGUGAAGGUCGUGAGAAGUACGGUAGCCGCAAAGGCAAGAAGAACAAGGAGGUGGCCAGUAGCUCGACGAACCGCCAAAAGGCCAAGGGCAAGAAUUUCCAAAUGAUUGCCAAGAGUUGGGGCGUACGCAGCAAGAAGAAUGCAUCGCUGCGCGAAAAGAGCAAGCGUCUACGCAAGCAUGUGACACAGGCCAAGAAACGUAUGAAGUAG